CCCUCUUACUACUUGUUACUUAGUGCAAGCGAGGAAAGUGGAGAUGUGGAGUGAAAAAGAUGGGGAGAAGAUGAGACGGACCACUUUAUACAGCCUUUUGAAUGAAGUAGGAAAUGCAUGCUUCUAGGAUGUGUGAACUAUAUCUUGUUCUGAAGGGAGGAGCUCUGAGGUUUCUGUUUAUUGGGAAAGCUUGAACCUUUGACAAUGAGGUCUUUGUUUUGCUAGAUAAAUCUCAUAGUUUUGUUAGUGCUUCAGUAGCAAAGGGAUAAGGAAACUCUGAAAGUUCCAAUCUUUGUCACAAUGGCAUCCUCUCCAUCUUCACCCAUUGCUACCCUGCCACCAAAACAGUCAGCCUCUGAUUCUCCUCCUCCAAUGGCUUCCUCACCAUCCACUUCUCAAUCAAAUGUUAUUUCCGCCCCACCUCCUUCGUCACCUCCUCUCAUGUCCACUGCCCCUACUCCCUCUCCUCCACCUCUUCCAACUUCAGUAUCACCAUCCUCUCCUCCACCUUUAUCACCACCAGCACCUCCUUUGGCCAUGCCUCCUCCUCCAAUAUCUGCACCACCACCAACCCCUACAUUGUCCUCCCCUCUACCACCUACAUUACCAUCAUCGCCUCCUCCUAGUCCACCUAUCUCGCAUACGUCGCCCAAUGUUGCUCCUCCCCCAAGUCCACCUAGCUCAGCUCCAGUUCCUGGUGGCUCACCUCGUACUAUUUCUCCUCCUCCAAGUGCACCUAUCUCACCUCCAUUGCCUGAUGGCAUGCCUCCUGCUGUUACUCCUCCAAGUCCACCUAUCUCACCUGCAUUGCCUAAUGGCACACCAGCUACUACUAUUCCCACUCCAAGUUCACCUAUAGCACCUCUGCCGUCUACUGCUAUUCAUCCUAGAUCACCAGCUGUACCUAAAUCACCACCCUGGGCAUUAGUUGUAUCACCCAGAACUUCAUCGCCGCCACCACCUUUUCCAGAGUUGCUUCCUUCAAGGUCUCAGGCACCACCUUCCAAUCCUAGAUUGCCAAAAUCAACUGUCAAUGCUGAUCCUCCCCCUUCUGCUGUGAAUUCUUCUAGAGGUGCAAAUCCUUUGGUCUCAGCUGUGCCUUCUCCUCCCGCUACUAGCAGUCCUCUUCCCACUGUUCCAGUAGGUGAUCGUUUCAACCCAAGAAGCCCUGUUCCCAAUAGAUCUGCUAGAUCUCGUCCAAAUGUUAUUAUAAACCCGGGGAGUAACAACUCUGUCGGAGGUACUGAGAUGAAAAGCGGAAUGGCCACUGCAAUUGUGGUCGUAACAGGUCUCCUAGUGCUUUGUUUAGUCGGAACAGCUCUGUGGUUUGUGAGGAAGAAGAGAAAGUCUGUUAGUGAGGAAUAUGGAGGCUAUCUUAUGCCUUCAUUGAACAUGGUUAAUGCAGAGUCAUAUUACUCGAGGUCUCCGACAGCACCUCUUGUGUACAAUGCUGGGAUUGCAUGCUCAUUGCCUGAACUGGAUCUAGGCAAUUCUAAAUCAUUAUUCACAUAUGAAGAGCUGUAUGGGUUUACCGGUGGCUUCUCAAAUCAGAAUCUUCUGGGUGAAGGUGGCUUUGGCUGUGUGUACAAAGGAUGUUUACCUGACGGAAGAGAAGUGGCCGUGAAACAACUCAAAGUUGGUGGUGCUCAAGGGGAGCGUGAGUUUCAAGCUGAAGUUGAAAUUAUAAGUCGCAUUCACCAUCGGCAUUUGGUCUCCCUUGUAGGCUACUGCAUAGCAGAAAGGGAGAGAUUACUCGUCUAUGAUUAUGUGCCUAACAAUACACUCUAUUAUCAUCUUCAUGGUGAAGGAAGGCCUGUUAUGAAUUGGGCAACAAGGGUCAAGGUUGCUGCCGGUGCAGCUCAUGGAUUAGCCUACCUGCAUGAGGAUUGCCAUCCUCGGAUAAUUCAUAGAGAUAUAAAGUCAUCAAAUAUUCUUUUAGGCAACAACUUUGAAGCUCAGGUUUCUGAUUUUGGGCUUGCAAAAUUAGCUAUGGAUGCUAACACACAAGUUACUACUCGUGUUGUGGGCACAUUUGGUUAUUUGGCACCGGAAUAUGCAUCGAGUGGCAAGUUGACUGAUAAGUCUGAUGUCUACUCUUUUGGCGUUGUGCUUUUAGAGCUUAUUACUGGUCGAAAGCCAGUUGAUACAUCGCAACCUAUUGGAGAUGAGAGUCUUGUUGAAUGGGCUCGACCAUUGCUGACUCAAGCACUUGAUACCGGGAGUUUCCAAGAACUGCCUGACCCUCGGCUAGAGGGUAAGUACAAUGAAAAUGAGAUGCUCCGAAUGAUAGAAGCUGCUGCAGCAUGCAUCCGACAUUCAACAGCAAUGAGACCACGCAUGGGACAGGUUGUCCGAGCUCUCGAUAGUCUGGCUGAAUUUGACAUAAGAAACGGCAUCAUCCCCGGUCGAAGUGAAUUGUUUGCUCUUGGCCUGGACUCAUCAGAAGUAGAACUAUUUCAGAAUAUGGUAUCUGGCAGUCAGAAAUUCUAGCUGCAGUAAUCACAGUAAAUUGUAAACAAGGCAUAAUACAAUGUUCUAUUGCAUUCUUGUGUUCAUAUAUAGCUAUCAUUUUCUUCUUAAUUCAUUGUAGAAUGGAAUUUUUGUGUCA